UUUUUCUUUUAGGGGCGACCCUUCGCUAGUCGCAUGGACUUUUUGAACGGGAGCGUGGGAACGGGUUGCCUCAUUCUUGACUUACGACCGUUGCCGACAGGACGUGUUGUUGUUGGUCCAGUCUUCCUUGCUCCUGCGCCUGUUUCCCACCUUAGUCCAACGCUAUCCAUCUGUUGCUUGCUCGGACUUGGACAGCCACAAAGAAUCAACAAGUCUCUUAAUCCUCAGCAACAGUUUUCUCUCCUGAGUUUAUCUACUUUUUUUUAAUUGGGAAGAGACAAGCCAGCCAAGACAUCAUGAAGAGAACCCUGAGUGAUUCUGAUACUGACGAGAUUUUCGAUGAUUCCAUCAAGGGGUCUCCUAGCCAAUCAUGCCCCGUGACGGCCCGCAAGAAGCGAAGAGGGAUCAUCGAGAAACGCCGACGGGAUCGGAUCAAUAACAGCCUCACCGAACUCCGACGCCUGGUGCCGGCAGCAUAUGAAAAACAGGGCUCAGCCAAACUCGAGAAGGCGGAGAUCCUGCAGAUGACAGUGGACCAUCUGAAGUAUCUGCACGCCAAAGGUAAGCAUGGUAUCGAUGGUUCCUUUCAUCCGUACGGUGAGGCUCACGCCUACGCCAUGGAUUACCGUGUGCUUGGCUUCCGUGAGUGCGCCUCAGAGGUUGCACGCUACAUGGUGACUGUGGAGGGAAUGGACAUCCAGGAUCCGCUCCGCCUCCGCCUCAUGAGCCACCUCCAAUGCUACAUGGCCCAGCGGGAGUUCCAAUCCCGCCAGCACUACUCGGUCCCCGGCCACCCUCAUUCGCAGUUCACCUCGCACGCUGCCGCCCACGGCCAGACGGGGAUGCUACCUCACGGCCAGCAGCACGCCGUCACAUCUGAACCCUCACACGGUACCUCAAUCCCCUCCGGGGUCCAGCUCACGGACACCUCGGCCACCCCGGGCCGGCAGAUGAUCCCCAUGAUCACCAGCUCCAGCCAGGAGGCCUCCUCGCUGACCUCGUGCCACGCGAGGCUCCCAAUGCCGCCCUCUACGGGCGCCUCGGUACCCAUCAACUCGGUGUCUACCCAGAUCUCGCCGCCGGUGGCGCCCAUCCAAAGCCUCCACACGCAGUACCCUGGAGUGACGUAUAACAGUCUGCCGGUCCUCUCCCCGAAUGGAUUCAGCCCAACUAGCUCCUCACACAUGACCCACAGCACCCUCGUAUCUAAACCCUAUCGCCCAUGGGGAGCAGAGAUGGCGUACUAAACCCCCGAUCUACACUCUGAACUCUGAACUUCGACCUCUGCUGGUAGUCUUCCUCGAGCUGUGACUUUGACCAAACAAAUGUCACAUGUCGUCUCAUCUUCUGGGGAAAGUUUAACUUCUGCAACCGGACGAGGAUAAAACCUUAUGCCAGAGUUCACCUUUUAGAGUGCCUCUAUAACACUAACAAAUUUGAAUAUUCAAAUUCAAAUUUGCAUAUUCAAAUUCAAAUCUGCAUGUGUGCUUUCUGUAAUUUUAAAAGAAAUACUAUCUAACGAGUCCGCAAUUUUUAAUUUGUUGCCGUUGGCCCACCAUACUUAAAGCAGUUCGCCUGUAAUUCGUAUGCAAUAAGUAAACCAAAUGAACAAGAUCCGUUAUUUCAAUAAUAUUACAAUUGUCGUUGCAUUUUAUAAAAUGCGGUGCUCUUUUCACGAUGUCCAUAAUUUUUAUCAUGUUUAACUUUGAAACUAAUUUAUAAGUAAACUUUUUUACCAAAUACAUACUGAACAAGUUUUGUAUUGUUUUAGUUAAAAUGUAUAAAACUGACGUAUGUAAUUAACCAUUUUAAAAUGGUAUGAUUAUAUUAAAGAAAAAGUGUGCCUCUUCAACCAAUCAUAUUGAUGCAAUUUGCUAUGUUUCCUAUUCUUACAAAUAUGAUAUUAUGCAUUAAUUUAUUUAUUGAUAACCCUUAAUUUAUUAAAUUAUUACAUUCCACUGGGAGUCCAAAUGCCUUAAUUAAUAUUUUAUCUGGAUAAAGUGUCGUUGUAUUUAUUGCAUUCACGCUUCCAAAAACUGAUGAAGCUUUUCACUAUUUCAGUACUGUUGUCAUAGCAACGCGAAGGUAUGCACUGGAAUGCUUGUUAUAAAGUUUGUGUGAAUAAUAUUUUGUAACAUUUUUCUGUAAAUACGUUAUUUAUUUAAACGUUUUGAUAAGUAAAAAGCAAAGGCCUCUUUCAAAAGACGGCAGUGUUAAUUAUACCAGCACAGAUGUUCCUCAACUCACGAUAUUUAAAAAAGAAAGUAGGGUUACCAUUCAAGGAUGGAUACCAGUCAUCUCAAAGACAGUUUACUGUUGGUGAAAUUCCGUAUGUGUGUGGAUUUUGAUUCACGAUUUAAAAUAAUCAGCAACUUAAAGAGCAUUAUAAUGAAACUUACAAGAGGUCAUUCCUUUACGAAAAGCCAGGGAAAACAAAGACAAUGCUUCAGCCCACAAAGGUUUUAAACUGCAGAUAUAAAUAUUUGAGCAUGUCACAUAUACAUCGCACAUUUCAAGACAGACAAAGUGAUUCUUUUUGUUUUGUUAACUUUUUAAUAAAUGAUCUUUUUAUACAUCGAAAACGCUGAAAUGUAAGAAUAAAAAGUUUGAAAUGAAAUGAA